AUGCGCGCUGUUUACAUUAGAUGCUGCUGCGCUGCGCCCGAGGAACGCCACAGAAGCUCACCUGCCCCUGCUUUCCUCCUGAUGCUUCAGUCUCUUUCACGUGUCUCUCUGAUGGCGUUGGCGUUUCUCCGGUGGACUUUUAGGCUGCUGAUGGUCCUGAUCGUCUUUCAGGGUGUGUGUGUGAUGUUUUAUUACACACCCAACACACACUCGUCCAGAGACGGGAUGACGAACGCUCUUCGGCAGAUGCACUGCGCUAAACUCAGACGCAGGUUUUCCAUUAUCAAACCGGCCAAAAGUGUAAAUCUGCAGAGCUUCACGCGGGGGCUAUCAGAUUUCAUGAGCUGCCCGUACAGAUCAAACACAACCGAGCGAGAGGUGAACAGAUUGAGUCUGCAGUUUUUCUGUAAUGCCACAGGAUCGUUAUUCCUCACCAAACGAAACACAGCCGUCAAUCAGACCAUCCCAUAUGAGACAAGCAUUACAAGCACUUUUACAAUGAAUGCAACCCUUCACAGCAUGCUGCCCGAGGAUUUCCCCUGGAGUGGUCGUCGUCUGGGUCGGUGUGCUGUGGUUGGCAGUGGUGGGAUCCUGAAGAACAGCAGCUGUGGAUCUGAGAUUGACAGAGCAGACUUCGUCAUACGGUUUAAUUUGGCGUUGAUUAAUGACAGUGAUGUUGGGCUGAAGACGGAUCUGAUAACCAUCAACCCCAGUCAGAUUCGAUUCAAAAACCUGGAGCAGAAUCCGGAUCCGCUGGUGGAGCGGGUCAGUGUGUAUGGAAACGCCUCCCUCGCUAUUCCUGCCUUUGCCUACACAUUCUGCACUGGACAGUCCAUCAAAACUCUCAAAGUCCUCCAUCCAAUCAGACCCCAGCAGCCGGUGGCGUUCUUCAGCCCCAUUUACCUGCGGACACUGGACCGUUUCUGGAAGGGUCGUGGCCUGAAGUCAAUCCGCCUCUCCUCAGGGUUUAUGCUAAUUAACACGGCGCUAGAACUGUGUGAGGAAGUGCAUGUGUACGGAUUCUGGCCAUUCGACACUAACCUGCAGGACACUCCCGUUCCGUACCAUUAUUACGACCAGAUGAAGCCGCACCGCUACAUGCACAAAAUGCCGGAGGAGUUUGUGCGGCUUCUGCA